AUGGCGCAACCGGCGGAGAGGGCGUAUUAUCGCUUUGUGGUGCUCUUUUUCAACUGCCUGCUGACGUUUGGCUCCUAUUUCUGCUUUGACAUCCCCAGUGUUUUGCAGGAUCAGUUCCAGGGGAACCUGACCUGUCCCAAUACAACGGUGGUCAAUGGGACGUCGGACUGUGUGCUGGGCCUGGGGAUGAGCCCUCAGCAGUAUAACCUUCUCUAUGCCAUUUAUGCAUGGACAAAUGCAGUGGUGGUAAUCCUGGCUGGCUUCUUGAUCGACAAACUGGGAAACCGCUUCGGGGUGUUUCUCUUCUCUUUCUUGUGCGUUUUGGGCUCGUCCAUCUUCGCGCUGGGCUCGCACUUCAAAGGAACUCCCUACCUGCUGCCUCUCAUGCUCACGGGCCGGCUGCUGUUCGGCUCCGGCAACGGAUCGCUGACUAUUGUCCAGAACCGCAUCACAGCCUUCUGGUUCAAAGGGAAGGAGCUGGCCUUGGCCUUCGGUUUGACCCUGGCCUUCUCCCGCCUCGGCUCUGUCCUGAAUUUCUUUCUCACUCAGAAAUUCGAGGAAAGAUACGGCAUGCAGUGGACUCUGUGGGGAGGUGCAAUAUUGUGCAUGCUGGGCUUCUUGUCUGCCAUCAUAGUCAGCAUCCUGGACAAGAUGGGCAUGAAGCAGCUGGGGCUGGAUGGCGCCAUCCAGGAGCAGUCCCGCAAAGUGAGGGUUCAGGAUGUGAAGCUCCUGUCGCUCAGAUACUGGCUGCUGGUUCUCACCAUCAUGUUCUUCUACAACGGCAUCUUCCCCUUCAUCGCUGAUGCCAGUAAGUUCAUCCAGGACAAGUACAGUGACUACAGUCAGAAGGAGGCGGCCUACAUCGCUGGUGCUGUUUACGACUGCUCGCUGGUGCUCUCAGCUGUUGUGGGAAUUCUUAUCGACCACGUGGGUCUCCGAGGGUUUUUCGCGCUGGCCUGUGCUGUGCUCACCCUGCCUGUGUUUGGCCUCCUGGCCUUCACCUUCGUCCCUCCUCUGGUCUCCACUCUAUGGCUGGGAGUCACCUACUCAUUUGCUGCUGCGAGCAUGUGGCCCUCGAUCCCUCUCGUGGUCCCUCAGGCCACUCUGGGAACCGCCAUGGGCCUGGCCACCUCCAUACAGAUGGUUGGAAUCGGGAUAUCCAAUCUGGUUGUCGGGCAGAUUUUGGGCACCAAAUCCAGUGAGACUAAGAUCCCGCUGUGGCGUUGGCAGAGGAUGAUGAUCUUCAUGUUGGCCAACACCAUCAGCUGCAUCGUCACCUCGGUGCUGCUCAACAUCGUGGAUCACCGACAGGGUGGGACUCUGAACAAGACGACCAAGAGAUCUGGAGCGCCGGCUGCCAGCAGCGCCACGGACAGAGAGCCUCUGGUAGAGGGAGAGGAAGGCCAGAAUGAGGAGGAGGAGGAUAGGGACAGGGCUGAACGCUCUAACUCUAUCAAUUCCUAAGUUUUUUGUUUCUUUCACCGUAUUCCUAACUUUGAAUAUUUUUCCGUUGCUUCCUUUUUCUCUCUCUCUCGUUGAGAAGUCCGUUACACCUAUUUUGGGAAUUUCUAGAUUAUACCACCUGUCAGACGCCAGUGUGGACUCUGCCGUUUCAGGUAUUUAGUUGCACGUUACUGAUUGCUCAUUACGUCUUCAUACUGUAUCUUUGUUUGGUACAGUGGACUCUUUACUGUGCAGCUUCAUGAAACAGAACAAAUCCAUGGUAUGCAGUAUUCAAAGGUAAAUUGUCUUCACACUGUAAUAACAAUGCAGUGUUUCAGGUUUUUGACUACAUUUCUCUCUAAGGGAUUCACAACAGUUGGUGCUGUGCACAGAAGUGUAUAGAUUUUAAUUUUUUUUUUUUUUUUUUUUUUUUUUUUUUUUUUUUUUAAAGAUCAAUCAUUGUCAUUUUUUGAAUUUCAGCAAAUUCAUCUUUUAGUUAAAGGCCACUUUCUCCUAAAGGUUAUGAGGUAGUUUUUAUUUCAAGUAACAGAUACUCAUGCAUGCAAAUAUUCGAUAUGUGUUUUUUAUGUUUUAUGUUUCUGAUUUCUCAUGAAACAGCGGAACCUUUGAAACUGUUUUAUUGUAUGUUUGUGGUUCAUAAUUUCAGUAUCUACUUGAAGAAGGGAAUUUGAUCCAUUUUGUUUUGCCAAAACAGCAAAAAUAAAAUGCAGUUCACUUUU